GGCGCGCGGAGCUGUCCACAGGCUCUCACUGCGGAACGCGCCAAGCCGCCUGUGGAGAUCACAUUCUGGAUCUUUUGAAGCCACCAUCUCCCAUUUUAUCUCCACCACCACCCCACACGCGUGGCCGCGCGUCGUGGAAGUGGCACAUUUGAAAUCCAGCGUCAGGAGGAAUAGCACCUGCAGCUCCAGGAAGGGGGGGAGAAGGUGGCCGUGACGCUGGAGGUCUUCACGGACACGACAGGUGGAUUAAUCUGAUUUUUUUUUUCUUUCCUUUUUGGAUGGAUUUGCAAUUGAUGGAUUAAUUUGACGGGGUGGGUGGGAGGGGGAGACUCACCCCUUUUUGGCGGGCACCCGAAUGGAGUAACAGGCUGCAAUGUCAUCUCCACCUGGCCGCCUGGAGAGAUGUGUGACGGGAAUGGGAUCAAGUUGAAACACUUUUGGCACCGCACGACGACCGGGACGGAGGAUGGCGGCCGGGGACGACGACGGCGACGAUUGCCGCGCGCCGCCGCCGCGCACAGAGGGCCCGCAGGAAGAAGGCGCCAAACGACGGCCGCCGCAGCAGCAAAUCUGCCGCAGACGCGCCUUGUGACAGCCAAGGGUAUCAUGGGUGCAGUGGGCUGGAUGUUGCUACUACUCUCCCACAUCGCGGUGCCGGCGUCCUCCCAGAAGCCUCCCAGUCUCAGUGUGGGCGUGGUCAUGGGCCAGACGCGGCCGGUUCCCGACCAGGAUCUACGCCCACUUCGGCGGGCAGACGACGCCCUCGACGUCUCUGUGGUCCCUCUGAGGAUGAACCAGACCGACCCCAAGUCUGUCAUCACACAGGUGUGCGAGCUCCUGUCUCGCUCUCGCCUCCACGGCAUCGUGUUCGCUGAUGGUACCGACCAGGAGGCCAUUGCUCAGAUCCUGGACUUCCUGUCCGUUCAAACCCAACUUCCCGUCCUGGGGGUGCACGGAGGCUCCUCUAUGAUUAUGGCUGACAAGGAUGAGAAGUCCACCUUCUUCCAGUUUGGUGCCGCUCUACAGCAGGAGGCUCUGCUCAUGCUGUCCAUCAUGGAGGAGUACGACUGGCACGUCUUCUCCAUCGUCACCUCCAAGUUCCCCGGCUACCAGGCUUUCAUCAGCACGCUGAGGGUGACCGUGGACCACAGCUUUGUGCGCUGGGACCUCCAGAGCGUGGUCACGCUGGACGCUAUGGACGGCGACCCCAACUCCAAGUCUCACAUCGCCCUCAAGAGGAUCCAGAGUCCCGUCAUCCUGCUGUACUGCUCCAAGGACGAGGCGGUGUACAUUCUAGAAGAGGCACGCUCCUUGGGCCUCAUUGGAGCCGGUUACAUCUGGAUCGUGUCCAGUCUCACCACCGGAAACCCCGACUUUACACCAGAGGCCUUUCCUCUGGGAAUGAUCUCCGUGUCCUACGACGACUGGGAGUACCCGCUGGAGACGCGGAUGCGGGACGGGGUGGACAUCAUCCUGUCCGCCGCCACCGCCAUGCUGCGGGAGAAAGGCGAACUGCCGGAGGCCCAGAGCAGCUGCUUCAGCACGCCGUCCGACCGCAGCCCGGGGAAACUGCCGCCCAGCGCCCUGCGCAGACACAUGAUGCACGUGUGGAAUGAGGGCAGAGAUCUGUCCUUUACCCCGGAUGGUUACCAGGCCAACCCCAAAUUAGUGGUCAUCGUGCUGAACAGCGAAAGGAAGUGGGAGAAGAUGGGUCGCUGGGAGAACGGAACGCUGUCGCUGAUGUUCCCCGUGUGGCCGCGCUACAACUCGCACGGCGACGAGGACGCAGACGAGAACCACCUGUCCAUCGUCACGCUGGAGGAGAAGCCCUUCGUCAUCGUGGACAACGUGGACAUCCUCACGGGGACCUGCAUGAGGAACUCCGUGCCCUGCCGCAAACACGUCAAAGACAACAGCACCAUGGGAGGCUCCUACAUCAAGCAGUGCUGCAAGGGCUUCUGCAUCGACAUCCUCAAGAAGAUCGCCAGGAACGUCAAGUUCACCUACGACCUCUACCUGGUGACCAACGGCAAGCACGGCAAGAAGAUCAACAACGUGUGGAACGGCAUGGUGGGAGAGGUGGUGUACAAGAAAGCCGUGAUGGCCGUCGGCUCCUUGACCAUCAACGAGGAGAGGUCGGAGGUCAUCGACUUCUCCGUGCCCUUCGUGGAAACCGGCAUCAGCGUGAUGGUGUCGCGUAGCAACGGCACCGUCUCUCCAUCCGCAUUCCUCGAGCCCUUCAGCGCCUCUGUUUGGGUGAUGAUGUUUGUGAUGCUGCUCAUCGUCACGGCCAUCGCUGUCUUCCUUUUUGAGUUUGUCUCCCCGCUGGGCUUCAACCGCAACUUGGCCCAAGGCAAAGACCCUCACGGUCCAUCCUUCACCAUCGGCAAAGCCGUCUGGCUGCUGUGGGGUCUGGUGUUCAACAACUCCGUUCCUGUCCAGAACCCCAAGGGCACCACCAGUAAGUUCAUCGUGUCGGUGUGGGCCUUCUUCGCCGUCAUCUUCCUGGCCUCGUACACCGCCAACCUGGCCGCCUUCAUGAUCCAGGAGGAGUUUGUGGACCAGGUCACCGGACUCUCUGACAAGAAGUUCCAGAGCCCCUACUCCUAUUCCCCGCCCUUCCGCUUCGGGACGGUCCCCAACGGCAGCACGGAGCGCAACAUCCGCAAGAACUACCCGGACAUGCACCAGUACAUGACCAAGUACCACCAGACGGGCGUGCAGGACGCGCUGGUCAGCCUCAAGACCGGCAAACUGGACGCCUUCAUCUACGACGCCGCCGUGCUCAACUACAUGGCGGGCCGCGACGACGGCUGCAAGCUGGUCACCAUCGGCAGCGGCUACAUCUUCGCUACCACGGGGUACGGCAUCGCGCUGCAGAAGGGGUCCUACUGGAAGCGCCUGGUGGACCUGGCCAUCCUCGGCAUCAUCGGAGACGGUGAGAUGGAGGAGCUGGAGGCCCAGUGGCUGACGGGCAUCUGCCACAACGAGAAGAACGAGGUGAUGUCCAGCCAGCUGGACGUGGACAACAUGGCGGGCGUCUUCUACAUGCUGGCCACCGCCAUGGGCCUGUCCAUCCUCACCUUCAUCUCCGAGCACCUCUUCUACUGGCGCCUGCGAUACUGCUUCACCGGCGUCUGCUCGGGCCGACCGGGCCUCCUCUUCACCAUCAGCAGGGGCAUCUGGAGCUGCAUCCACGGCGUUCACAUCGACAUGAAGAAGAAAUCCCCGGAGCUGGACUUCAGUCCUCAGGCCAACAUGCUGCACCUGCUCAAGUCGGCAAAGUCCAUGGCCUUGUCCUCGCCCAAACGCAACACGGUGGUGGUGCAGCCCAGCAUCCUGGACAUGAUGUCAGGCAAAGGUAACUCGCUCCAUCUGCCUCAAAAGGGUCCCGGUCUCUAUAGCAACGCCAGCGGUCCGCGGGGUUUCCUGUCCUUAUCCGGGCGCCACAAGAACCUUCUGAACAACGCGGCGCCCUUCCCCGCCCAGCCGAAAGGCCCCGCCCACCAGGCCAGCCCCAGCAAGCCGCAGCUGUCCAUCACCAACGACAACGGCAAGACCCACCUCGCCGGGCCCGCCGGCCCGCCGUCCAAGCCUCGUGCUCUUUGGAAGAAAAGCGUGGAGACGCUGAAGACCCAACCCGGCGCGGUGGCGGCGGCUCCUGCGCCGGGUGCCGGCCCGAGCCCGACGGCGACGCCGGGGCCCGCGUCCAUGAAGAGCCAGCGCUACCUUCCCGAAGACCCGCCGCACUCUGACAUCUCGGAGUGCUCCAGUCGGCCGCCGUCGCACAAAGAUUCCGACUCCAUGGCGCCGAGGGGCGGGUUCAAGCCCAUCAAUCAGCUGAGGAAGCGGGGAGGCGGAGGAGGAGGCGGAGCCUCCAAGAUCUACUCCAUUGACUCGGACCAGGCCAGCCUCCAGUCGGCUCCCCCGUACCAGCGAGACAGCCAGGGGGGCAGCGACGAGCUCACGUACCCCCCCGACCUCUUCCCCCCCGACAGCACGUACUCACACAAAGCGGACACGCCCAUCCUGCAGCUGAGCGCCACCUUGCUGCACCACAGUCACAGCGCCGAGGCCGACCUGCACUCCAUGAAGGACAAGAAGUACAGCACCUACACGCACAGCAGCGCCAAGGACAAGUCGGGCGGCUCCUUCGAGGGGCCGGGCUUGGGGGCGAGCUCGCAGGGCGUCCGCCCGGGCCACUGUCGCUCCUGCCUGACCAAGCUGAGCGGCUACUCGGGCCUCUACACGGUGCGUUCCCCGCAGGCCCGCUGCGACGCCUGCGCCCACCUGGGCAACCUGUACGACAUCAGCGAGGACCACCUGCACUACUCGCACGGCGGCGACAUGUUCGCCCACUUCCUGCCCCAGAGCCAGCUGGGCCUGGUGGGCGAGGGGGACGAUCUGGUCAGCCACUUCGAGCCGGCGCCGGCGUCGCCGUCCGCCCACCCCGGCGCCUCCUCGCCGGCCCAGCACCUGCAGCUGAGUCGCCAGCACUCCUACGAGAACCUGCUCCCGGACGGCGUUCCCGAGAUGCAGACUCACCUGCGCGGCCUCGGCCUACCCGACAGGGAGCGGGAGUCCACCCUCGACGAGGGGGCGUACGCUAACGUCCUCACCAUGCGCUCCGACCGCCCGUACAGCGGCCGCAGCCCGCCCUCGCCGUCCCCCUCCCAUCACCACAGCUUGGACGCCCCCAUGCCCCUGCCCCGACGCUCCAAGAGCCUCUUCCCCGACCGGCCCUCCCACAACCCUUUCCUGCAGUCGGCCGCCGGCACGGCGCAGCGGGAGUCCGCCACCCACAGCGCCCCCCGCAUGUCGCAGAGAAGCUCCGCCCACGAGCUGUACAAGCAGCGCAUGCCGCUCUCGCUCACCCUCGGCAACCACGGCGGCCACCACGCCAACCAGCACCACGUGGACCCGCAGGUCUUUUACCCUCAGCAGGAGCCCCCCGUGGUGGCCUACAUGGUCCCGCCCGCCGCCGCCCAGCCCAUGAGCUACGUGACGGCGCCGCGAGCUUCCAGCGCCGGCGGCAACAGGCCCCGCCUCUACCGCCGCAUGCCUAGCAUCGAGUCUGACGUGUGAGACUCGCACUUCCUGUCACUGACAUCCAAUAAGGCGGGGCCUCCCCUCCCCCCCACCAGCUCCUCUGGGUCACGGGGAGCCGCCCAGCCCCGCCCCUUAUUUUUUCCUUUUUUUGCUGUGUGUGCACAUUCACCUUCGACUCUCUGCAGCCAACAUGUGUCUUCUACGAGCACACACAGCCGCGCGGGAAUCGAACCUGCGGGCGGACUCCACGGGGCGGCUUGGUUGGCAGGGUCCCCGCAUCGCCCACACACACACACACAUACACACAUGUACACUAACAGACUGUUUGAUAACGUUGAUGUCAGCUAAUUGAACAUUCCACAAAAAAUAAGAAGGGGCGGCCCUUAAGCGGCCGCCGAUCAAAUCCUCUCAGGAUGAGAGUGUUCCGAGAAGGGGACACACACACACACACACACACACACACACACACACACACACACUUAAUUUAGCAUCCUAGCUUCCUUCCUCUCUUAGCUACUAGCCUUCAGGUCACACACUGCAUGCUUCCUAAGGCCCUGACAUACGCUCACACACAGAUGCAGGGUCAUAUAUGUGCGCGCACACACACACACACACAUGCACACACACACACUGUGUGUGUGCGUGUGUGUGUGUGUGUGUGUGUGUUGGUCGAUGCUCUCUGUGCACUUUGUACAUUUUAUAACCUGCCACCAAACACAAACCAAAAAAAAAAAUCACUUUUUUAUACUCUGAAUUCGCUGGAGGGUUUAUUAUCUUUUUUUUGUUGUUGUUUUGAUUCCGGCGCCGUGUGAGGUCACGGGUGUUGCUAAGCAGCGACGUGUCAUCAUAGCCAGCUCAUCGUUAGCCCCUCCCACUUCCUCUUCCUUUUUUAGCGGCCGUCACGUGACAGUAUAGAUUAGUCGCGCCGGUUCAAAAAACAACAAGGGACUAUUUUUUUAUUUUAUUUUUGAAUUAGGCGUGAAACGCCGUUGGCUUGUGGAAGGUGGACGCACAUGUCGUCGGUUUUGAUGGUGAGUGUCGUGUCCUGGUUUGUGUUCAGCUACAGUUUUCCUAUGGUUUAUACCGUAUUUUUCGGACUAAAUAACUGACCUGGCUUCAACAACAGUCGUACGGUUACCAAGUCACUCAAUUGUGGCACUAGCUACACCCAGGAAGCGCGUUACUUCUCUUUGAGUCCCCCAGGCCUUUAAGUCUCUCCUGGGGGCCAAACUGUGGGAGCCACAAACAAAAACAAUGCCCUAAAUGUAAGUUAUAUUUAUGAGGGGGGAGAAGUCCAAUUUAUGAGAUAAAAAGUCAUAAUUAUGGGAGAAAAAGUCAUAAUUAUUGGAUGAAAUGUGAAAAUUAUAAGAUAAAAACUCAUAAUUAUGAGAUUAAAAAUCGAAAUUAUUCAAUAUAAAAUCAAAAUUAUAAGUGAAGAGAGUCAAAAUUAUGAGACAGAAGAAGGUGGAAUUUUUUUAGAUUUAAAAAAAAAUCAUAAUUAUGAGAAUGGAAAUCGAAAUGAUGAGAUAAAAAAUCCCAAUUACUCAGUAUAAAGUCGAAAUGAUGAGACAAAAAGUCAUAAUUAUUGGAUAAGAUGUCGUAAUUAUCAGAUUUAAAAAAAAUCAUAAUUAUUCAAUAUGAAGUCGAAAUUAUAAGAGAAGAGAGUCGAAAUUAUGAGACAAAAAGUCCUAAUAAUUGGAUAAAAUGUAAAAAAUUAUGAGAUGAAAAGUCAUAAUUAUGGGAUAAAAAAUUGAAAUUAUGAGCAAAGAAGGUUGAAUUUUUUAGAUUAAAAAAAUCAUAUUUAUGAGAAUGGAAAUCGAAAUGAUGAGAUAAAAAGUCACAAUUACUCAGUAUAAAGUGAAAAUGAUGAGACAAAAAGUCCUAAUGGAUAAAAUUAAUGUCGAAAUGAUGAGGCAAAAAGUCAUAAUUAUUGGAUCAAAUGUGAAAAUUAUAAGAUGAAAAGUCAUAAAUAUGAGAUUAAAAAUCGAAAUUAUGAGAUUAAAAAAAAAUCAUAAUUAUUCAAUAUAAAGUGGAAAUUAUAAGAGAAGAGAGUCGAAAUUGUGAGACAAAAAGUCCUAAUAAUUGGAUAAAAUGUCAAAAUUAUGAGAUGAAAAGUCAUAAUUAUGGGAUAAAAAAAUCGAAAUUAUGAGCAAAGAAGGUUGAGUUUUUGAGAUAAAAAAAUCAUAAUUAUGAGAAUGGAAAUCAAAAUGAUGAGAUAAAAAGUCAUAAUUACUCAGUAGAAAGUCAAAAUGGUGAGACAAAAAGUCUUAAUUGGAUAAAAUGAAUGUCGAAAUGAUGAGACAAAAAGUCAUAAUUAUUGUAUAAAAUGUCGAAAUUAAGGGAUAAAAAGUCAUAAAUAUGAGAUGAAAAAACGAAAUUAUGAGAUAAAAAGUCAUAAUUGGACAAAAUGUCGAAAUUAGGAGAGAAGGAAGUCGAAAUGAUGAGACAAAAGUCAUAAUUAUUGGAUAAAAUGACGAAAUUAGGAGAUAAAAAGUUAUAAUUAUUGGACAAAAUGUAAAGAUUAUGAGAUAAAAAGUCAAAUAUGAGUUUCAAAAACAAAAUUAUGAGAUAAAAAGUCAUAAUUAUUGGACAAAAUGUCCAGAAAUUAUGAGAUCAAAAGUCAUAAUUGUUCAAUAUAAUUAUGGGAUGGUGUCGAAAUUAUUAAAGAAGAAAGUCACAUCUGAGAUAAAAUCUUAAUAAUUAGAUAACAAGUUUAAAUAAUGAGAUAAAACGUUUAAAUAAUGAGAUAAGAAAGUCAUAAUUAUGAGAUGAAAAGGAAUGAUUAUGAGAGAAAAUUAUGAGAUCAGAAAGUCGAAUCUAUGAGUUACAAAAUUGUGAUUAUGAGACAAAAAGUCUAAAAUAUGAGUUCAAUCAAUCAAUCAUUAAGAAAAUGUGAGUUAAUAUGAGUAAAUAUGAGUUAAUAUGAGUUGAAAUGAUGAGGCACAAAUGUGUGAAUGUUGUCUAUCUGUGAUGAGGUGGCCACUUGUCCUGGGUGUACCCCGCCUUCCACCUGUAUGCAGCUGGGAUAGGCUCCAGCAACCCCCCGUGACCCCUGAAAGGGACAAGCGGUAGAAAGUGGAUGGAUGUUUUUAUCUCAUAAUUUGGAUUUUUUUUUCGACUGUCUUAUUACAUCAUUUUGACUUUUCAUCUCAUAAAUAGAACUUUUCAUCUGGUAGUUAUGACUUUCUUAUCUCACCAUUUCCACUUUUCUCUCUCAUGUCCGUGACUUGUUUUGUUUUUAACGUGACGGAAACAAGUUUCCAUAGCAAACAGAAGCAAGGUGAAAGUAAACAGUGAAGUAGUAGUAAUUAGUUAAUUAUUCAUUAAUGCCCAUUAUUCACAAUCCUUAUGUGAGGCAAGAAAGCACGUUGUCUUUUCUGUGCCUUCUAAAUAGUUAAAAACACUUAGAGCGCGUACAAAAAAUUACCCGUAUUGUUAGCUGCCUCUUGCUAGCAGGUUUUCACUAUUUAAAACGCACGGAAAGGAGAAAAGGUGUUCUUGUCUCUCAUGAGGAUUAUGGAUGAUCGGCAGAAUUACUUUGGAAAAAAUGGCUUUGUUGGAUGCUAACAUGUACGCUAGCAGUAGACAGUUAAUCCCCAACGAUAAACGUAUCAUUUCUAGGGAUGGGUAACACAAACCAAGACCCGGGUCAUGACAAGCUGUGUCCAAACUGAGGGUCGGCGUCAGGUGACGGAACAUAGUGCUAUGUUAGCAUAACUCUUCACAUUUGAACAACAACAUAUUCUGUAUUUUUUAUUUUUUUUAUUUUGUGGCACAGAUCGAAACCAACGCCAUGUUCAUGUACCUGGCUUGCGCGUUUCCAUUAAGAAUCUGAGUCCAAAAAUACGCAAGGCUCCACUUUUGCAAGAAUGCGCUAGCUUGCUAUUGACAUGUUACUAAGUUAGCACUAGCGAUUUCAAAUGUAUUAAUGAAAACUACAACGAAGAGGCACGUUCCGAACAGCUGGUGCGUAAUAAGUACAAUACUUACAGUAUUGACACGUUUUAGGGCGCAAUUAAUACCCCCCCUCCCCCAAACCACAGCAUAAACAAUAAUAAUAAUAAUAGAUUUUAUUUGUAAAAAGCACUUUACAUUGAGUAAACAACCUCAAAGUGCUAUAGUGUAUUAAAAAUACUAAAAAGAUAAUAAAAAUAAAUAACAAUAAAAACUAGAACAGCCUAAUAGCUAGAACUAGUAUGCAUAUAUCUAAAAAAAUUUUUUUUUAAAAAAAGGUUUUUAAGCCUUUUUUUAAAUCAUCCACAGUCUGUGGCGCCCUCAGGUGGUCAGGGAGAGCGUUCCACAGACUGGGAGCGGCGGAGCAGAAAGCCCGGUCUCUCAUUGUUCGUAGCUUUGUCCUCGGAGGUUGGAGGAGGUUAGCCUGUCCGGAGCGGAGGUGUCGUGUGGAGGAUUUGGGGGUGAGCAGUUCUUUGAGGUAGAGGGGGGGCAUUUCCAUGGAGGCACUGGGAGACUUUGAAUUCCAUCCUGAGUGGAACAGGAAGCAAGCGAAGGGAUUUGAGAAUUAGAAUUAAACUAUACACUACUGCCAUCUCUUGGACUUGCAACUGUAAUUGCAACUUAUUGUCAUACUUGCAAAGGAGACUCAGAAAUGUGACGAAAGAAAAUACAACAACUGGAUGGCAGUUAUCAUAAUCCGCUCAUUUUUUUUAAUUUUGCAAUAAAAAAUUGUAAUUGUGUUAUCAAAAACCAUAUUUAUUAACACACACAAAAGGACCAAAAAUUGGUAUCGGUAUGGAAUCCCGGGUAGCGGGAAUCGGUACCGUAUCGGUUCAAAUGUGUAAGGUACCCAUCCCUAGUUAUUUAUGACUUUUUCAACUUUAAAAAGACUAAAAAUGACUUAAGCGAAUAUCGCUGCUUCCUGAUUAAAAUUGCUGGUUUUUUUGUUUGUUUUUUUUACAAAAUUAAAUAAAAUGGCUGUUUUUGACCCGCAGCCCAUUAAAAAACGUAAAAACGUUUCAUUUGCGUCGCCAGAGUAGACCACGAUUGGUCGACCGCUCUAAGACCCGCCCCUAAAGUCGAAUGGGGGAGCCAAAAAGGCUCAACUGCCGGGGGCCAUCAUCAAGGACGGACCCUAAACAACUAACAGGACCUGCUCCUACCAAAUGGAAGCAGUGUAGUAGUGGUCUCGUUAUUGACACUUAUAUUCAAUUGAUUAGACUGCAAAGACAAGAUAUUUCAUGUUCAAACUAAGAAACUGAAUUUUUUUGUGCAAAUAAUCAUUAACUUAGAAUUGAAUGGCAGCAACACAUUGCAAAAAAGUUGUCACAGGGACAUUUUUACCACUGUGUUACAUGGCCUUUCCUUUUAACAACACUCAGUAAACGUUUGGGAACUGAGGAGACAACAUUUUUGAAGCUUUUCAGGUGGAAUUCUUUCCCAUUCUUGCUUGAUGUACAGCUUAAGUUGUUCAACAGUCCGGGGGUCUCUGUUGUGCUAUUUUAGGCUUCAUAAUGCGCCACACAUUUUCAAUGGGAGACAGGUCUGGACUACAGGCAGGCCAGUCUAGUACCCGCACUCUUUUACUAUGCAGCCAUGCUGUCGUAACACGUGGCUUGGCAUUGUCUUGCUGAAAUAAGCAGGGGCGUCCAUGGUAACGUUGCUUGGAUGGCAACAUAUGUUGCUCCAAAACCUGUAUGUACCUUCCAGCAUUAAUGGUGCCUUCACAGAUGUGUACGUUACCCAUGUCUUGGGCACUAAUACACCCCCAUACCAUCACACAUGCUGGCUUUUACACUUUGCGCCUAUAACAGUCCGGAUGGUUCUUUUCCUCUUUGACGUCCACAGUUUCCAAAAACAAUUUGAAAUGUGGACUCGUCAGACCACAGAACACUUUUUCCACUUUGCAUCAGUCCAUCUUAGAUGAGCUCGGGCCCAGCGAAGCCGGUGGCGUCUCUGGGUGUUGUUGAUAAAUGGCUUUGGCUUUGCAUAGUAGAGUUUUAACUUGCACUUGCAGAUGUAGUGACCAACUGUAGUUACUGACAGUGGUUUUCUGAAGUGUUCCUGAGCCCAUGUGGUGAUAUCCUUUACACACUGAUGUGGCUUUUUGAUGCAGGGAUCGAAGGUUCGUAAUAUCGUCGCUUACGUGCAGUGAUUUCUCCAGAUUCUCUGAGCCUUUUGAUGAUAUUACGGACCGUAGAUGGUGAAAUCCCUAAAUUCCCUGCAAUAGCUGGUUGAGAAAUGUUGUUUUUAAACAAUUUGCUCACGCAUUUGUUGACAAAGUGGUGACCCUCGCCCCGUCCUUGUUUGUGAAUGACUGAGCAUUUCAUGGAAGCUGCUUUUACACCCAAUCAUGGCACCCACCUGUUCCCAAUUUGCCUGUUCCCCCGUGGGAUGUUCCAAAUAAGUCUGUGACGAGCGGCUUUCUCAGUCUUUUUUGCCACUUGUGCCAGCUCUUUUGAAACACGUUGCAGGCUUCAAAUUGCAAAUGAGCUAAUAUUUGCAAAGAAUAACAAAGUUUUCCAGUUUGAGCGUUAAAUAUCUUUGCAGUCUAUUCAAUUGAAUAUAAGUUGAAAAGGAUUUGCAAAUCUUUUGUAUUUUGUUUUUAUUUACCAUUUACACAACGUGACAACUUCACUGGUUUUGGGGUUUGUAUAACAGAUUAUUAAAUUUGGGAGCGACUAAAGCAGAAAGGAGGUCAGGUUUGAAGUGGAAAAGACACGACGUCGUCACGCUCGUCCCUCGGUCUGGACGCCGCUCGCCACAUUUUUCUUUUUUUUUUAAUUGAAUUCUGGUGUCGACACGCCGAGUUUGAUCUCGCGAUGCCUUCUUUUUCAACGCUUUGUGAUUUUGAUGGCCAAUAUCAGGUUGCAACAUUUCUAUGAGUUCUUUGUGUACAGACCCUCUUUUUUUUUUUGGUUUGUUUACACCCGAAUAUUUUCCACGUGUUGGCUUCCUCUCGAUAACAGCUUUUUAUUCUUAGGAUGAUAGUGGGGGCAAGGGGGGGAGACAACAAAACUGGCAUGUUUUUUGAUUCUUCUCUGACUUUUCUUUGUCUUUCUUUUAAAGAUUUUGUGUCAUUUUAAGCCCCGUGCUGUGAUAACGUCGAUUCACCUCGACUUGUAUCGGACUCAAUGAGGAGUUCGGUCUGAGCAGUUCCGAGUCCGCCCACCGACUUCUCUUUCACUACGAGUCUGUGCUGUUUUACCUCCCCCUGUGUGUGUGCGUGUGUGUGUGUGUGUGUGUGUGUGUGUGCGUGUGUGUGUGUGCGUGUUUUACACCGAGCAGGCAUUUAUAUAAGACAAUGGAUGAAGUGUGUGUGUGUGUGUGUGUGUGUGUGUGUGUACUUUUCUGUUCUCUCUUCCCUUCAUCCCACUCAUAACUUUUGACCCAUCUCAUGUAACACACACACACACACACACACACACAAACACACACACAAUACCGCGUGUGUGUUGUGUGCUUAGUUGUGUGGAGUUUUGUACCAUCACUGGAGAUUUUUACACUUUUUUUUUUUUUUUUUAACUUGCAUGACCGUGCUCGUGCUUCUGGUGGUUCCUCUUUUCUGCCGCAGCAUCUCCCCGAAGGUCACAUGACCAUGUCGCACACACACACCGACGUGUGUGUGUGUGUGUGUGUGUGCAUGGGUGUGUGUUCCCCCGGGUGUGUGUGCUGCGUGCUGACUUGUGUAUAAGUUCAGGGGUUUCUAAGCUACUAGUUGUGUUGUACAUAAGACGUGUCACUCAGUACCUCUGUACAAUGUGUAAAUAAGUAAAGGUUACUUU